UCUAGUGUUUUUUUAUGACAAUACAUUGUAGUUUCUACUUUAAAAAAAAGAGAGUAUUUCAUUUCAUUUUGUAUAUCUUUUAGUACCAUUUAUCAUAUGUACAGUGCCAUGCAAUACGGUCUCAUUAUUAGAUAUAUAUAUCGAUAUAUUAAUUGGUCAAUUAUUUACAUUUUCCUGUUUAUAUUCGAGUUCUCAUGGAAAAAUAUAGCACCAGUCACAACUUACAAGUGAACACAUUACAGUACAUGAUGUGGCUACGAUCGUUAUAAGAAUAAUUUGCCGACUUCUACCUGCGUAACCAUUUAGCUGGAUAAAUGAGAAAACAAGAAAAAAUUGGACAAAUGCUCUUACUAAUAAAACAUAAUUUUAAAUGAAAACUUGAUUAAGCGGUUAAUGGUCCACCGUGGAAGUUGUGAAAUUAUGGAACAAGACAGGUUUGGCUCACGUUCUCCAAUUAUGAUCACAUUAAAACCUUUUGAAGAUUCAGUAUGUAACACAUUGUGGCACAAACACACGCACAAAAUCUCACCCGUGUGUUCAUUACGUUCGCCACUCUCUGAUUAGAUUAAUUAAUACUCUUGACAAUCGUACGUCGUCGGUGUCCGAGACCUCCGUACGACGAAGCUUCAUCUCUUUCAUGUCGUUGAUUCGUUUCCAUGAUUUAUUUUCUGCCACGAGAUUUUGUGUGUUUGUUUAAUACAUGCUCUUUUUACGUUCUUGAUCGUGUUAUGUGCCAUAUCCUCUUCUGAAGCUGCAGUAUUAAAACGAAACGUGACAAAUUCAGACCUAGAUUGAAGUACCAGUGGCGGAACUAGGUGGAGAGUGGGGGAGGCAGCUGCCCCCAUAAUUUUUUUUUUUUUUUGCUGUAAUUUUGCUUAGAAUUUUAGUAAUGUCCUGGAUGAAAUUUUGAAUUUAUAAAUAUAUUACUAGUGUUUUGUCGUUUUGUCCCGGGAAGAAAUUCGUCCUAGAUCCGCCACUGGAAGUAACUUUGUUAAUAUGACUUAGGGUCUGAUUGGUAAUGACUUUCGCUUUAUACUUUGACUUUAAAAUUGUGGUUGUAGAGAUUUUAGCUUUAAAUACCAUAACUGUUAUUUUAGAAAAAAUUAAAAAUUUGAUUGACAAAAGCUUUAGAAGUUGUGACUCUUAUAAAUAUAUAUUAUGAUUCAUUUCCAAAAUGUAUUAUCAAUUUAUUGCAAUCUAGUUUUUUAUUUAUUCAAGUUCAUAAAAUAUAUUAUAUAGUUUAGGGAAAAAACAAUCAAAAAAUUUCAACAAAAUAUUUUAUUUAUUUAUUUUAAAAAUAAAUAUAAAAUUGAAACAAACAAAUUUAUUUUUUAUUAAAUUUUAAAUAAGAUUAUAAUUUAUUCACUAAAACAAAAAUAUUAUUAAUGACUUUCGCUUUAGGAUUUUGGGUUUAAAUUUUUUUUAUUUUUUUUAGAUGUAGAGAUUUUGGCAUUAAAAAUUGUGGCCGUCACUUUGAAUAUUUGUAAAAAUGAUUGGUAUCGAAAACUUUAGAAGUUCUGACUAUUAAAAAGUAUUCUAAAUUUAUGUAUAUGAAAACAUAUUAAUGACAUGUUUGCAAUUAUUGUAUACAUGUGAUUAUCAAUAUUUUUAUUGAAAUCAAUUUAUCAAGAAAUUUUGAGUUAUAUCUCAUUACAAUUUAAUCAAGAAAAAGUUUUGAGUUAUAUCUCAUUAAAAGUUUGAUUGUUGUCUUGGGUUAUGAGUAAACUAAAUAAAUUAAUUUACUUCCCUCUCUAACAUCACCAAAUAAUUUUUAAUGAAAAAUGAAUCUUAAACUAAAGAAAUUAAAUGGUAAUUGUGUACUAAUGAAUUUAUUUGUUGCGAUGAAACAUGAAUUGAUGUAGAGAUGCUCUUUAAUUUUUCUGGGAAUGUGAAGAAUAAAACAAAAAAAAGAGUUAAAUCUAUUUCUAUCACCUUUAAAAGCCAUGAUUCUCUGGCUGUUAGAAAACAAACGAAAAUAUAGAAGUAAAAACAGUUAGGGGAUGUGAAGACUUUAAAUCAGAAACUUUUAGUAAAAACCUGAUUGGAGAAAAAUUAACUUUAAGGGCUGUUAAAUAUUCUAAAGUCUCAACAGUCUAUCUGCCGAUCAGACCCUUAUUAAUAUAAAUAAAUAAGUAAAUAUAAACUUGUAUUUAAAAUAUAUUGAAGAGGCAUCGAGAUGAUUUUCGUACAAACUUAUUUCAGUUAGAAGCCUGAAUACAUUUUGAGAACCUGAUUAUUUCACAAUAGAACUCUGACUGAGAAAUUAAAUGCUGAGCUCCUUUUUCCUAAACCAGUAAAUAAAGUACAUCAGUUUUGGUUUAGGGGCUCUUAAUAAGUUUAUCAUUUUCUUUUUAUUCAAAAAUUUAAGUAGAUAUUGAUGUGGUCCUGCGGUUUACUUGUCCCCUUUCUUGCUUAAUCAAGUACGCUUAGUUACUCAUUAAUCUCCGACACCAACGUGUCUUCAAUUGUACUCCAGUACUUAGUCCCCGCAAGUUGCAGAUAUCUUGGUUAAGUGCAUAUUUAACGUACGUACGGUUUUGACUUUAAUUAGUGUGAGAAUAGUCAUUAGCAGAAAGUCUUAAAAGCAACACAAUAAUUUAAGUAACAUAAAAUGUUAUGCUCCUAUAAAUAAGCAUACUUAAAUAGUUCCUACAUUAGUUUGAGAGUGCUAUUAUGGUUUAAAUCAUGAGAAUAAAACCGUAAACGAAAAUAUCUAUAUAAGCGAAUAACGUAUAUUUUGUAAAGAAGAAAAUGAACUCAUGAUAGUGUCUGCGUAGCAUUGUUUAUUCCUUCAAGACAGCUGUUAUUUUUCAAAAGAAAAAGUGGUUUCUUAUAUUUUGUUUAAUGUUCAGCUCGUCCGACCUAUGAUUGAAUGUUAAAUUAAUCAAGUACACAUAUGUAUAUCAGUAUAUGACAUUCAAGGAUUGAUGGAAAUGGGACUACACACAGCAGUAGGAAAAUAUUAAAGUUGUGGCCAUAGAAAAGAUUCGAGUGUCACUAUAGAACCAGUGGAUGAGACAGAAUAAGAUGCAUACAUUGUGCUGAUAGAGAUCAGAUAUUGAACUAAACAAACGAUUUGAGAAAAAUAUAAAAAGAAUUAAAUAGGGUGCAGUGUGGAUCAUAAGAUGAUAAUAACUACUUUAUCAAACAUACUACUAUUGUUUAAGUAUUUCUAGUGUACAGUACGCUUCGAAAUUAAAUACAUAGUCCUUUUUCAGUUUCCAAGUCUUUGGUCAUUGUUUCGCACUGUAAAUUACGAGCUAUCUAUCUAAUCCCAACACGCUCCUAGUUUCAAGAUUUGGUAUUAUUCGAGAAAGAAUCUAAGAAAAAGUUUCUGUAAAAUUUGUCAUAUAGCGUCAAAAUAUCUUUACUCGAUCCAUUUCGACCUUUUUUCAACAGUAGAUUAUUAUUUAGACUAUUAUUUAGAUUAUUAGUAUAUGAAUUUCCACCAGUUUUUCAGCUCAGAGAUCUAAUACUACUGAACUGCAUAUAGUAAACAAAUAUCACAUGCAUAUAGUGGUACACAAUCUAUAUAAUAAUUAAUAAUGAAAAUUUUGAGUAAAUUCUAGCUUUAACACUAUUGUUCUCGUGUUUUGACUAGACAUUAAAAUUUCGUUGAUCUAGAAAAAAAUGUUUUAUGCAUUAAUAAGGAAUAUAUAUAUAUACGAAGUUUUAUUAGUCUUUUUUUAAUAUGUGCGAAACUUGUAUAACAAAUGGAGUAUAAUUUUGACAGUUAAUGAUAUAUAAAUCAGUUUAUGAAGAUAAUAGUACAUGAUUAUAUAUAAGGAUAGGUUCAGCUAAUAACGAGAUGAUAAAAGGACAAUUACGUCAUUUACUAUCGGUGUAUACGUAUGGACCGUAUGGUCAAGUCCGCUUUGUUGUUAUGGUCAAGUCCGCUUUGUUGUUAGCUCCUAUAUAACCUCGUCUUCUCCAACUUGAUCUUCACCAUAAAUCUGAUUAUCAAAAGAAAGAGAGAGAGAGAUGGGAAACAGCUUAAGGUGUUGUCUAGCUUGUGUUCUACCAUGUGGAGCACUAGAUUUGAUCAGGAUCGUUCAUCUAAACGGCUACGUUGAAGAGAUCACACGGUCAAUAACCGCCGGAGAGAUCCUCCAAGCAAACCCUAACCAUGUCUUAAGCAAACCAUGUUCUCAAGGUGUUGUCCGCAAAAUCUUGAUCUUGUCCCCUGAAUCCGAGCUCAAGCGAGGAAGUAUCUAUUUUCUCAUCCCGGACUCUUCCUUGCCGGAGAAGAAAAGGAGGAGAAAAGACGGUCAUAAUCGUCCUAAAAAGAUUCUCAUCAACAAACCUAGCGCUGAUGCUGGAGACGUUAAAGAAGAUGAUGAAUGUGCCAAGUUGUGUGAGAAAUACUUAGAAGAAGUUGUGUCAUCGAGGUCGAGUGGUAAAGAACACCGUCAUCGCCGGCGACAUAGUAGAUCGGCGUCUGUAUCCACGUGGAGGCCUCACCUUGAUAGUAUCUCUGAGGAUGUUAAUUAAUUCCUUUUUUCCUUUUUACCUUUUUUUGUUCUUUUUUUUUUGCUUCUAAAAUGGGUGUUAUUUUUGUCCGGAAGCCGGAUUUUUAUUUCCUAGAGAUUUUUGUUUUUUACUUUUGUUUUUGGGAAAAUUCUCACGAAAAAAUUAUAUAAUGUGGAUAAGAUCUGAGUUAAAAUGCUGUUGUAAUUUCGAA